AACUGGGCAAAAUCAAAAAAUGCUAAUAAUAAUGUAAUUUAUUAUUACGUUUCAAAUACGGCAAAAUGAACCAGGACGAUAUAAAAUCUGUUGUACAGGAAAAGUUUCUGUCUAGUGAACGAGUUACGGCGUUCCUGAGCGAUGCCAAAGUACUUUAUCCUGAAAGGGUAAUGAAAGACAGACUGUUGGCGAUUGUUGAAUUUGGAGAUGAAAAAGCUGUUUUUUGUUUAUUUACAUCAUGUUACCCACCGAAAUCCUUCACGGAUUUAUCCAUAGAAAUAGUUUUGCCCAUCGACAAUAGUUUCAAAUGUGAAAUCGACAACAAACCGACUGAUCCCGAAGCAGUAUUGUACCUGAACCUUCAAUCUCGCAACAGUAAGUUCAAAUUCGAAAUACAAAUAACUCCACGAGUUGACAAUUUUGUUGAUGAUCUGUUCAGAGGUAUAGAUGCAGUGAACAAAGUCCCCACACAACCAGAAUUUGUAUGGUUAAAAAAAUAUAAAGGAAAGAGUGAAGAGGAUAUAUUUGCUCAUACCAUGGUUGUAGAAAGGUCUGGAGUGGCCCAUACUCAAAGCUCGGCUCCUGUUGCAUUCAGAGAAAGCCUAAUAAAGCAUAAAAUGGCAGACAAAGAGAUGGAAUAUACAUUUUGCAAAAGAUUUACAAUUUUUUGUGGUACAUGGAAUGUCAAUGAUAAACCUCCAGUUAUUCCUCUCAAAGAGUGGCUUAAUGUAGACAAAGAGCCCCCUGAUAUUUAUGCUGUUGGAUUUCAAGAAUUAGAUUUGUCAAAAGAGACUUUUCUCUUUGACCAGACUGUUAGAGAAGAUGAGUGGUACCAUGCUGUGCUGAACUAUGUUGACCCUCGAGCUAAAUAUGUAAAGUUGGAAAAAGUGAGACUGGUUGGAAUGAUGCUAAUAGUUCUAAUAAAAGCCAAACAUGUGUCUCAUGUGAGUAAUGUCAUCUGUGAUACUGUAGGCACUGGGAUAAUGGGGAAAAUGGGCAACAAAGGAGGAGUAUCCAUAAGGUUUGAUAUUCACAAUACUUCUAUAUGUUUUGUGAACUCUCAUCUUGCAGCCCAUGUUGAAGAAUAUGAGAGGAGGAAUCAAGAUUUUCGAGAUAUAUGUAAUAGAACAAGAUUUGCACAACCAAAUCAACUGCCUAAAACAAUAAAAGACCAUGACCAUAUUUAUUGGUUAGGUGACCUGAACUAUAGGAUUACAGAACUGGAUCCUACUACUGUCAAGCGAAUGGUUAGUGAACAUAAUUUUGGACCAGUACUAGAGUGGGAUCAGUUAAAACAGCAACAUAAAAUAGAUAAUGUAUUUUCUGGAUACCUUGAGGGUCCUAUUAACUUUAAGCCUACUUACAAAUAUGAUCCUGGUACAGACAAUUGGGAUUCCAGUGAGAAAAACAGAGCCCCUGCAUGGUGUGACAGGAUAUUCUGGAAAGGAAAAGAAAUUACACAGUUGGCGUACAGGAGUCAUCCUUCUCUUAAUAUUAGUGACCACAAACCAGUCUCGGCUGUUUUUAGUUCAUAUAUUAAAAUAAUAGAUGAGGAAAAAUACAGAAAAGUCUAUGAAGAAGUGAUUAAACACUUAGACAAAAUGGAAAAUGAAUUGAUACCACAAGUAAAAGUUGACAGGACUGAAAUUGAUUUUGGUACAGUGAGGUACCUUGAACUGCAAGUUCAAACCAUCACUAUAAGGAAUACUGGUAAACUACCUGUAGAAUUUGAAUUCAUAAAGAAAUUGGAUGAUACAAGUUUCUGUAAAGAGUGGCUCAUAGUAGAACCCUACAAAAAAAGUAUAUGUGCUGAUGAAGUUUGUGAGAUUCAUCUGAAAGUACUCAUAAAUAAGACUUCGGCUUGCAAAAUGAAUGCUGGUACAGACAAACUCUAUGAUAUCCUUGUGCUCCAUCUUUAUGGAGGCAAAGAUAUUUUCAUAACUGUAAAUGGAACAUACCAGAGGAGCUGUUUUGGAUGCUCCAUAGAAGUGCUAGUGAACUUGAAUGUGCCAAUCAAAGAAGUAGCUGUUGGCAAACUGAUUGAAUUAGAGAAUAAGAGAGAUCAAACUGUAUCACAACAGUCCACAUAUUCUAUACCAAAGGAAAUUUGGUUCUUGGUAGACCAUAUUUACUUGCAUGGCCUUAAAGAGCCCAAUUUGUUUGAGCAACCUGGCUUACACUCCGAAAUUUUGCAAAUUAGAGAUUGGUUAGACAGCGGCUCUAUAGAUCCUAUCCCUGGGAGCAUUCACUCAGUAGCUGAAGCCCUCUUACUUUUGCUAGAGAGUACAGUAGAUCCAAUUAUUCCAUAUAAUCUUCAAUCUGUGUGUCUGAGAGCUUCAGCAAAUUAUCUUCAAUGCAAACAGAUUGUCAUGGAAUUGCCUGAAUUCAGGAAGAAUGUCUUUUUGUACUUAUGUGAGUUCUUGCAGGAAGCUUUGCAGCAUAGUGCAGAAAAUGGCUUGGAUGCGAAGACUUUAUCAACACUGUUUGGUUCUAUAUUUUUACGUGACAAUCCAAAUAAUAGUCAUGAGCCUCAGACAAGAAUAAAUAAACAAGUCAUUGACAAGAAAAAGGCCCAAUUUGUUUACCAUUUCUUAAUAAAUGAUCAUAGUGAUCUGAUAUUCUCAAGAUAAAGCAUUUUGUUCAAAUGUGCACUUUUAGAUACUACAUUUUACAAAGUGAGUAGUACCCAGGGUAGUGAUUGAAAUAAAUUGUAUUUCUGUUAUGAAAUUGAAUUAAUCAAAGUGAUGUAAUCCUGCCAUAUUGAUGGACUUAUGUUUUUAUGUAAAUUAAAAAGCUGGCUUAUAAAUAUGUCUCCACACAAUCCCAGUUUGCUUAGUACUUUACAUGUACUGAACUUAUGAUAGCUGACUGAAUUGACAU